GUUGACCUUUCACCUCUGUGGAACCGGCGGUCCGCCAUCUUUGCUGGCUCAGACAGAGAAGAUCGAGUAGAGGAGGGGUUUUCUGCAGACGUCUCGGGCUCCUUAAGAAACACGACUGCAGUACAGGGAAGACCAGUGAUGGCUUCAGCAAGUUGUGGGUCUCCGACCGAGGUUUCAGCAAGUUGUGGGUCUCCGACCGAGGUUUCAGCAACUUGUUGGUCUUUGACCAAGGUUUCAGCGAGUUCUGGGUCUCCAACCGAGGCUACAGCGAGCUGUGGGUCUCCAACCAAGGUUUCCCAUGAAAGCAAUGCAUUGUUGGUAAAGGAGAUCAAAACAGAGCUAAGAGAUGACUUUGGGAGCUGCCAGGAUGAGUCCAGCAUGGAGGACGUGACUGGCCACACAGGAGAGCAACCCUGGAUAGGCUGGAUGCCCGACUGUGGGGAGGAGGGACACACGACUGAGAAACUUCAGGCAGGAGAAAUAUCCCAGGACUGUGGGGGUAUGACAUCUCAGCAGGCAGACUGGGGGACUCACAGAGCGAACCACACCGGUGAGAAACCCUACAGGUGCGGCCAGUGUGAGUACAGCACCGCGAACAGGUCCUACCUCUCCCUUCACAAGAAAGUCCACAAGGGGGAGAAGGUGUACAGCUGUGACCUGUGUGACGUCUGCACGGCUAAGAAAGCCGACAUGGACAAACACAAGGCCACGCACCGUGGGGAGAAACCCUACACCUGCGAGGUGUGCGGGGUCAGAAUGGGCUCCAAGUCCAACCUAUGGAUCCACAUGAAGACCCACACAGGGGUGACACCCUAUGGCUGCGGGGAGUGCGAGUACACGACGUUUGUAAAGUCCAACAUGAUGGUGCACAUGGACGUGCAUGCGGGGUUCAAACCCUACAAGUGUGACCAGUGCGACUUCAGCACCGCGUGGAAAGGAAGCUUGGAUACACACAAGAAGCGACACACCGGCGAUAAACCCUUCAUGUGUGGGGUGUGCGGCCACAGGGCGGCUCAGAAGGCCGCCAUCUCCCAGCACAUGAAAACCCACGGGGCAGAGAAGUCUUACAAGUGCGACCAGUGCGACUUCUGCACCGCCUGGAAAACCAGCCUGGAUAUCCACCUGGCUAAGCACACUGAUGAGAAGCCCUACAUGUGUGGGGAGUGUGGAUUCAGAACGGUUUAUAAACACAGCCUAGCAGAACACAUGACCACCCACACGGGGGCCUGGCAGCCGCGCAAGUACCGCUGCCCGCUGUGCGACUACUCUGCGGUCCAGAGAAAGGUCCUGGAGGCGCACGUCAUGUCGAAACACACCCGGGAAGAAACCGUACGCGUGCACGGAGUGCGGUUUCCGGACAGCGCACCAGUCCGGGCUGUCCAGGCACAUGGACACGCACACCGGGAACCGGCCCUACAAGUGUGACCAGUGCGACUUCUGUGCGGUUCGGAAGGACAGGCUGGACAGGCACAGGGCCACCCACAAGGGGAAGCAGCCGUUCGUGUGUAACAAGUGCGGCUACAGAACAACCAGCCGGUCACACCUGUCCAAACAUUUCACGACUCACGCAGGUGAAGUGGUGAUGUAGAGCAGGCUUCACCUGUCUAAACAUUUCAUGACUCACGCAGGUGAGGUGAUGAUGUAGACGUAUAGUGUAGUCUUCACCAGUCCAAACAUUAGACAACACCCGCAGCAGAGAAGCCGCUGUGAGUGGUGCAGGCUUCCUAAUGUACAGUCAUGAACACAAACCAGGACAGCCACAGGUCGCAGGACAGCCACAGGUCGCAGGACAGCCACAGGUCGCAGGACAGCCAAGGUCGCAGGACAGCUUCAGGUCGCAGGACAGCCACAGUUCGCAG